AAACACUUGUGCAAAUCCUCUAUUAUUGAGUUGAAGUUGCUACCAAUGCCAACUCUCUAAGGUUCUUCUGCAUGUUCAGUUCAUCUCAUUUCUUUUCUUGUGUCCAUUCAUUUGAUGGAGCCACAAAGCAUAGUUGAUUUUGAUGAAGAAGCCAGCAACCCUUUACUUAGAAGAGCAAGUCCUGACACAGAAAGCCGUGAAGAUGCUGAGGCUGGGAAGAUUAGCAGCCCUGCUUCUUCUGGUGCCACAGCUUUGGUGAUAUUCAGCACUUUGAUUUCUGUCCUGGGUUCCUAUGUCUUUGGAACUGCAGUGGGAUUUUCUUCUCCUGCUCAAUCUGGAAUUGUAAAUGACCUAGGCCUCUCAAUAGCUGAGUAUUCCGUAUUUGGUUCAAUAUGGACAAUUGGAGCAAUGCUUGGUGCAAUAAUAAGUGGGAAGAUAGCAGAUUUCUUUGGAAGGAGAGUGGCAAUGGGGUUCGCAGAAUUGUUUUGUCUUGUGGGCUGGACCGCAAUUUCAUUCUCACAGAAUGCUUGGUUGCUUGACAUUGGACGGUUUUUAGCAGGAUAUGGAGUUGGGAUUCUGUCAUACGUGGUACCUGUAUAUAUAGCUGAAAUAACACCUAAAAAUCUUCGAGGAGCAUUUACAUCAGUCAAUCAGUUGAUGAUAUGCUGCGGGGGGUCAGUGAUGUAUGUUAUUGGAAAUUUCACCUCCUGGCGUACACUGGCUCUGAUUGGAACCAUUCCAUGUAUACUGCAGUUGCUAGGCCUUUUUUUAAUUCCAGAAUCCCCCAGGUGGCUGGCUAAGAUGGAUAAGUGGAAAGAAUGUGAAACUUCUUUGCAGCGCCUUAGGGGAGACAAUGCCAAUAUUUCUCAAGAAGCAGCUGAAAUCAUAGAGUAUACUGAAAUGCUUAAACAAUUGUCUGACACUAGGAUGAUUGACUUAUUCCAGAGGAAAUAUGCUCACGGACUCAUUGUUGGAGUGGGUCUAAUGGUAUUGCAACAAUUCGGAGGGGUUAACGCCAUUGCUUAUUAUGCAAGCGCAAUUUUUGAGUCAGCAGGUGUUUCUAGUAGGACUGGGACUUUGGCCAUGGUUGUUAUUCAGGUUCCAAUGACCCUUUUGGGGACUCUCCUAACCGAUAAAUCUGGAAGGGUACCACUGCUAAUGAUUUCUGCAACUGGAACAUUGUUGGGUUGUUUCUUAACAGGAUUGUCAUUCUUACUACAGGACCUUCAACUCUGGAAGGACAGUCCAUUAUUAGCAUUAAUCGGUGUACUGAUCUUUACAGGAUCUUUCUCAUUAGGGAUGGGCGGAAUUCCUUGGGUUAUAAUGUCAGAGAUAUUUCCAAUAAAUGUGAAAGGUCUUGCUGGAAGCCUGGUGACAGUUGUGAACUGGCUUGGUUCUUGGAUUAUUUCCUAUUCUUUCAAUUUCCUUACAAAAUGGAUCAGCUCUGCAGGGACAUUUUUCUUGUUCUCAGUCGCAAGUGGUUUAACUAUCAUAUUCGUUGCAAAGCUUGUUCCUGAGACUAAAGGGCGUACCCUGGAAGAAAUUCAAGCAUCCAUGGUUUUGUUUACAAGGAAAAGCUGAAAUUUCAAAUCCAUUCUUCAUGGUUGUAGAGGUGUACUGUUCUAUAAGCCUGUUGCUUUGAUCUGCAUAUCUACAUCUUGUUUUUGAGUUAAUUGCUGACAAAAGCACAGAAAAUAAAAAUCCAUACUUCUCCAUAUGAUUGUAGUGACUAUUUAUCAAUCCCCUACAGAUUAAAAAUGCUUGGAGUUUUGAGUA